CGAUGAACCAACUCGAUAGUCCCGCUCAUGUUUCACCGUAUGAAUGUCUAUUUUAGGUCGGGCGUAGGUCUUUCAUGGAUAAUGUGUAUAUAAAUGUGAACUCCUUGGGCUUGAUGUCCUUGCUAGCCUAGCAUGCGAUAGUCCUACGAACGAAUCUUGCCAUCAGUCGUUGCCGCCCCGUCACCCUUCGAGAUAAAGGCGCCUCAUGGAUCCGAACUCGUUACCAGAAGCGCUUAGCCGAGACGUUGGUAGGCAGGCAUCAUUGUGUCAUCGGAAAGACGGUUUCGACGAGACAGUAUGGAGUCACAGUGCACCAGAACUACCGAGCCACGAUCUAGACGGCAAAACUCUAUCACCUAAGUUAGGAAUGGAUGACCAUCAAAAUCAGCCAUCGAGUCUUAGCAGUGACUUAGAGAAGAAGGGGGGUAGGGAGGACCCAAGGGCACAUAUAUUUCUCGGUCGACCGAUGACGGUCAUACACGAGAUAGCAUUUUUUGCCGUUGUAUCAACGGCCAACUUCACUCCGCAAUCUGGUUUCCAUCAAGCACUCUGUAUCCUCCACAUAAUAGGAUCUGACCUAGGGGUUACAAGUUCAGGGCAGCUCGUAUGGAUUAUCGCAGGUUACGGCUUGACAGGAACAUUGAUUCUGCUGGCGGGUCGUCUUGGGGAUGUGUACGGACACAAGCUUAUCUUCCUCAUCGGCAAUGCUUGGUUCGCAUUGUUCUCACUCAUCGCCGGACUGUCCGUCUAUACACCUCGGCCAUACGCUACUUUCCUCUUCGCACGCAUCAUGCAGGGCAUCGGCCCAGCUUUGCUGGUCCCGAGCGCCGUAGCUUUAUUAGGUGUUACCUAUGUGCCUGGGCCACGGAAAGCCAUGCUCUUCGCCAUUUUCGGGGCCAUGGCCCCAGCUUCUGCCAUUAUCUCGCCAGCAUUCACAAGCCUCUUGGCUCUUGCGCGCUGGCCAUAUGCCUUUUUUGCAUUGUCACUUUUUCUAAUCCUCAUUACGCUUGCUGGUAUGCUUGUGAUCCCUGGUGGGUUGACUCCUGAUAAAGGAAGAAUAAUCCAUGGUGAUCUUAAGACUUUAUGCGCCGAGAUGGAUGCGCUCGGAGCCUUGACCGGCGUUAGUGGCCUCGUCCUCAUCAGCGUUUCUUGGAAUCAGGCUUCUAUCAAUAGCUGGAAGGAUCCCUACGUUCCUACACUCCUGAUAGUCGGGACGCUGUUAUGCGUGUGCUUCAUCUUCAUCGAGAGGCGGGCUAGAAAGCCUCUAAUACCACUCCAAGCUAUCAACUCUGGAGUUACGUUCGUCCUUGCAGCGGUCUUCUGCGGCUGGGGUUGCUUUGGAAUAUAUAUCUAUUACAUUUGGGAGUUCUAUGAGGUAUUAAGAGGUGCCUCGCCGUUGCUAGCUACAGCAAUGCAUAGCCCAAUCUUGGUUAGUGGUGUUGCGGCAGCUAUUACUACGGGCGUGAUCAUCCAUCGCGUCGGACCUGCAGUAGUGAUGGCCCUCGCGUUGCUAGCUUUUACUAUCGGUACCACUCUCAUCGCAACAGCUCCCAUUGACCAAACGUAUUGGACACAAACAUUCCUCUGCAAUUUAAUCAUCACAUGGGGAAUGGACUUGAGCUUUCCGGCAGCAACACUCAUGCUUUCGGACCUUGUGUCUAGCGAACAUCAAGGUAUCGCGGCCAGUCUCGUCACUACCGUGGUGAAUUACAGUGGUGCGCUUGCGAUGGGCGUUGCUGGAACUGUCGAACUCCAUGUGAAUAAUGGUGGGAAAACACCGGAAGGUAUUUUAAAAGGAUAUAGGGGGGCUUGGUAGUGAGUAUCUUCCGAAUUCUUUUUUUCAUUUAUUUUAACCCGAUAACCCCUACAACCCCCGAUCGAAAACUGGGGAUUUUGAACCCCAUUUACUGAUUCAGAUCGCUGCAGUGUGGCCAUCGGUCUAGGCAUAGUUGGUCUUAUACUGUGCUUAAUAUUUAACUGGAGGUUCUCAAGACGACGCGGGGGGCAGACAAAAACUGAACAGUAGCUCCAACACUACUCCAUAUUGUGCCGGUUGGUGAAAUCGAAGUUAUGUCACCUAGAACACUUUCGGAGUCGUCCAACGUCCACUCUUUAAUUGGAACUCGUUGACAAUCAACUUCAUGAGAGAGGAUGUCCAAAGAACAAUUCGAAUAACUCUGACGAGUACAAGACAUAACAUUCGACCAUCAGAAAUGAAUCUUAGAAUUGUAGAAAUAAUUGCCUUCCCGUAGCCGAG